AUGAGAAAGCUCGCUCUCUUGUCUACACUGCUGCUACCGCAGUACGGACUGACGGCAGUUAACGACCAGGUCAAUGCGGACCUGGACUAUGGGAGCUUCGAGAGCCCGUCGAGUCGGAUCCGUCCUCGAUUUCGGUACUGGCUUCCAGACGCGAGCGUGGAUGCGACCGUUGUUCAGAAGGAUAUCAAAAGUGCAGGAGCCAUUGGUGCCGGUGGUGUCGAGUUCGUUCCUUACUACAACUAUGGAGAGUCUACGCCUGGGGCAGACUGGUCGACGUAUGGAUUUGGGACACCCGCAUUUGUGAAUAUCUUUGAGGCUGCUCUAAAGGCUCACAAGGAAGCGGGUAUGGUGAUGGAUUUUGCAAUUGGACCAGCUGCAGGACAAGGAUUGCCAGCUAGCGCUGACGAUGAAGGUCUUCAAUGGGACUUGUCCGCUGCCUCGACUGCCGUCCCAUCGAAUGGUGUCUUUAAUGGCUUGGUUCCUGGCUGGGGCAGAGGAGAGCUGGUGGCUCUGGUGUCAGCCCAAGUUCUGUCCAGUCGAAAUCUGAGCAAUCCCGGAGCCGGAAUUCCUAUCUUCGAAACACAACCAAACUAUACCCAAUACAAGCUGAAGAAUGCGACAUUACAGGAGUGGUCGCAGAACGUCUCCGCCACAGGCGAGUUGCAAUUGAGACUACCCGUUGCAAAAAGAGGCCAAGGUCACAGGCUGUUCGCGUUUUAUCAGCACUUGACCCUGCAUGAAAAUUAUCCGAGCACUACUAAUGCGUCCAGUUCAAUCUUUGACAACGGAUCAUAUGUUGUGGAUCACUUCAGUGCUCGAGGUGCGGAGACGGUCACUCGGUUCUGGGAAAAGCAUAUCCUAAAGGAGGAAAUCAAGCCGCUGCUUGCUGCAGUUGGGAAUUACGGCUGGGAGGACAGUAUCGAGAUCGAAUCAAACAUGUCGUGGACUCGCGCACUUCCGGACAUCUUCAUGAAGAAGCACGGCUACAGUCUCAAGCCGUAUCUUCCCUUGAUCAUGUACAAGAACAACAACAUCAAUAUACAAAGCGGCGCGCCAGGUACGAUUCAAUGUAUACUGGACACACCAGAUCAAGGCUCUGGCUAUAUCAGUGAUUUCCGAAGUGCGUUGCAGGAGGGAUACCGCGCAUAUAUUAAACACUUGAUAGACUGGGCCAAUGAGAUGGACCUACAGUUCUCGUCUCAAGUGUCAUACAACUUGCCUCUGGACGCGUUGGCAACUGUACCCGAUGUGAACACCCCCGAAUGCGAAAGUCUCCAAUUCAACGACAAUGUUGAUGGAUACCGCCAAUUUGCGGGCCCCGCUACUCUGACCGGAAAAAGGGUCAUUUCUAACGAAAUGGGAGGUGUCCCGUCCAAAGCCUAUCAGCACAGAAUCACCGAUCUGCUGUGGCAGGUAAGCCGUGCCGUCUCGGCAGGCGUCAAUCAGGUUGUCCUGCACGGACAGGCCUAUACAGGCAACUAUCUUGGGACAACAUGGCCCGGAAACACACCAUUCUGGUAUCUCUUUGCUGAUCUGUAUUCGGAGAAACUUCCAUACUGGGACCAUGGCUUCUCGGAAGCGCUUAAUUAUAUGGGAAGAGUGCAGUACAUCCAGCAGAGAGGACAGCCGAAGAUUGAUGUGGCUGUUUACAACAAGGACUCGGCUACAGAUCCAAACUGGGGGACGGUCUACAAUGAGACUGAUCUUGCCAAGCAAGGUUUCACAUACGUAUACCUCUCGCCCGAUAAUUUUGCCCUCCCCCAGGCCCAUGUCAAAAAUGGGUCGCUCGCACCUGAAGGCCCGGAAUUUCGCGCUCUGGUCGUUCCUAGCUCAGCUAAUCUCACUAGCCAAGCUGUGCGGGAUAUCAAAACCUUUGCGCGCGCAGGACUUCCGAUUAUCCUUUCAGGUGGAGUUCCCAACGCCUACAUCUCUAAGGAUGGAAAUGUAGAGACUUUGACUCGGGAAAUCUCGUCGCUACAGAAAGUUGACAAUGUCCAUCUUGUUUCGGCUGGAAAGACUGCGACACAGCUUCUCGGCCUGGGAGUGACGCCGCGCGUGCAAAUACAAAGCAAUGGGACAUGGUAUCCGACCUGGCGAACUAACUCGGAUGGCGUUGACUAUGUGUAUGUCUUUUCCGACAUCGACGAAUCGAUCGGCAAUAUCAGCGUGGCGACAACUAAGCGGCCACAUAUCUUCGAUGCCUGGAGUGGAAAGCAAACACCUGUUCUUCACUACCAGCAGAAGGCCGGCAAGACCGUGAUCCCCCUUCAGCUGGCAGGCAAUCAAACCGUCAUCAUCGGCUUCAUGCCUCGUGGGAACGAAGCUCCUCACGCGACUCAGGUCCCAUCUUCCGUGAUCGGAUAUAAAUAUGGAAACAGCACAAGAGACCUACAUGUCCAUAUCUCAGCCGAUUCAGACGACACGCCUCUCAAACUAUCCAACGGCAAGACGGUCGCUCACACAUCUCGAACUCCCAGUCAGCCAUACAUUCUAUCCAACUGGACUCUGACCGUGGAGCACUGGGAACGCCCAUCCAACCUUUCCGACGCGUCCAUCAUCGCCGACAAGCACAAUACAACCCACCAUCUGAAAUCUUUGGUUUCGUGGCAGCAGAUUCCCGCCAUCGCCAACGUGUCCGGACUAGGCCACUACUCCACCUCGUUAACCUGGCCUCCCUCCGACUCGAGCGAAGCCGCUGACGGAGCGUACCUCUUUCUUCCUCAGACCCCCAACGGCGCGCGCGUGUUCAUCAACAAUCGCCGCGUCCCCGAAUUCGACUACAACGCCCCUAAAAUCGACAUCGGAGACUACCUUGUCCGCGGACGCAAUGAGGUCCGGGUUGUCGUGCCUUCUACGAUGUGGAACUACUUGCGGACUAUGCUGAACAAACUCCGAAGCGCGGGCAACUCGCCUAACUUCGCGAUGAUGGAAUUGGAAGUCCCAGGGCCUGUGGAUAACGGGCUUAUUGGCGUGGUACGAGUCGUGCCGUAUGUUUCUGUGCGAGCUUCGUGA